CUUCAUCAACUUUCACAUCUCUCUAUUCUUUUGCUCGUGUUAAGCCUCCCAAAAGCUACAUUAAUUGUUUAAUUCUUCAUUACAAAUACAAAACCCAUAGUUUUCUUCUUGAGAAUACGAAAAGUAAUGGCAACUCCGGUACCUGAUGUUUUAGUAUCACCCGCAAAAGCAGUAGGUGUCAUGUUUAUGUUACUGCUCUUGAUGAGCUCAGCAUGCCAGGCUCAACUCACCUCUAGAUUUUAUGACAAUUCAUGUCCCAAUGCUCUCAGUACUAUCAGGACUUCAAUCAGGAACUCAAUCGCAGCAGAACGAAGAAUGGCAGCUUCUCUCAUUCGUCUGCACUUUCACGAUUGCUUUGUUCAGGGUUGUGAUGCCUCUAUCUUACUCGACGAGACUCCAACGAUAGAGAGUGAAAAGACUGCACUACCCAAUAAGGAUUCUGCCAGAGGUUACGGAGUUAUAGACAAAGCAAAAUCAGCAGUAGAAAAGAUAUGCCCUGGAAUUGUAUCCUGUGCAGAUAUCCUAGCUGUGGCAGCAAGGGAUGCUUCUGCUUACGUGGGUGGUCCAUCAUGGACAGUGAUGCUUGGAAGAAAAGACUCAACUACUGCAAGUCGAACUCUUGCCAACAGUGAACUUCCUAGUUUUAAAGAUGGCCUUGACAGACUUAUUUAUCGUUUUCAGAGUAAAGGCCUUAGUGCAAGGGACAUGGUUGCUUUAUCAGGUUCACAUACACUAGGUCAAGCUCAGUGCUUCACAUUUCGUGAUAGGAUUUACACCAAUAGCACUUCCAUUGAUGCUGGUUUUGCUAGCACUCGCCGCCGUGGUUGUCCAGCUGUUGGUGGUGAUGCAAAAUUGGCUGCGCUUGAUUUAGUCACGCCCAAUUCUUUUGACAACAAUUACUUCAAGAAUCUGAUACAAAAGAAAGGUCUUCUUGAAUCAGAUCAAGUUCUGUUUAGUGGAGGUUCUACAGAUAGCAUUGUCUCAGAAUAUAGCAGGAGUCCUGCAGCUUUUAGUUCUGACUUUGCAUCUGCAAUGAUCAAAAUGGGAAAUAUUAUCAAUGGAAAUGCUGGGCAGAUAAGAAAGAUUUGCAGUGCCGUCAACUAGUUUGUCCUUCAUGAUUGCCAUCGAUAAACUGUAAUAAUUAAUUGCACAUGUCCUACUCCAUUCCCCCACAAUUUUUUUAUUUCUUUUUAUUAAUUAUUAAUUAUUUUAUUCAUUCUCAA